AAGGACUUUGAAACUUUAAAGUUAUAAAGUUGAAUCAUGUGAGGAAGAAUUAUAUCCCCACUCUGCAAAAUGGGAUGCGCGGAAAUGCAUAUUUUAAGUGUUUUAUGGAUAUUUAAAACGAUCAAAAAGUUAAUUGUGCCUUAUUAGAUGACACAGUAUUAUAUAGAGUAUCAUGCUUCAUUAUGGGUUGUGGGUCCAUUUUUUUCUAAUGGCCUGCAGAUCAUGUAUUGAUUUCUCACUGUGCCAGCAGUUCUUUGGCAUAAGACAGCUUAGACAUCGAAUUUCUAAUGCAGGGAUCAUUUCUAAUCAUUUCAUAGAUUCCGGGAGGAAUCAAUUAUAAGGGUGGCGGGGAUCGUGACUGGCAGAGAUCCUGAGACAAAAUCAAAUACGAGUUAUAAUUUUAGAAAACUGUUAAAUUGAGUACUAACACGAGUAAAAAUUAGAUAAGGCCCGAGUGAUGUCUCAAACAACACCGCCUUUUGCGCUGUGAACAGAGCUCCACUGUGUGUAGAAUCCCAUUAAAAAAACAAAAUCCGAAACCUGUUCAUCCUAAUGCUUCUCCGUCACGUCCGUGACAGACCUAAGCCCAUUUCCUUCUUUGGAAGAUGAGCGUUUCUAAUCAAUUUCCAAGCUUCACUGGAUUAGACAAAAUAUAUCAAAGGAUUUCAGUGGUCAGAGGUUUUGGGAGGUGAUUAAUGACAGCUCCUACAAACACCAACUGGGAUGACGAUGACAAAAUAGUUUUACCGAAUAGACGCUGACUGGCCACUUCGUUAGGUACACAAAAUGGAAACAUUACAGUGUAUUGUAAUGUAAUCACUCUGCCCUAAAUCUUAGCUUCAGCUGUUAUAUUCCUUUUUUUUUAUUUAUUUUUUUUUGGAGCGUCUCGGACCUAGAUGGUACAGGAGCAUUUGACGGUAAGAAGGACUAGCUCUGUCCAUAUGCUAGCAAUAUUUUUAUGCCCUGCUUCUUUCCCUUGGAAACAUUUUGUGUGGGAAAUAUAUAAGAGCGUUGCCCGGGCAACCAGAGUCUGGUUCCACCAUGGACCGGCUGUCAGCCACAAAGUGACGAGCAAAUCGCAUUAGAUGAAGACCGGGGUUAGGGGUGGCUUUAAACUUUGCUCUUUGUUUAACAGGCAUUUUUAAAGGCAACUUUCAAAAAGUGUUACCUUGGCGACCUUCUGGAAUGUGUGACAUGAGGAGCAUCUGUGCAGGAGGACGUCUUUGAGGACACUCAGGACCACUAUUGAACUUUUUUUUUUGCGCAUUUGAGAGAUCUGUCCUGUGUUCUGAUAUACAGCUGCAAAAUAUCUAUGGCGCUACUACAAAGAAGCAGAGGAGUCAUAGUAUGAGAGAGGUGUUGUUUUCCCUGGAGUUGGACAUCUUUACAUUUUAGUUUAUUUUUGAAAGGUGACUGAUUACAAUGUAUGAGACGAUAACGUUGCCUUCCGACAUGUGGUUUAACACACCUAUGUAUAAUGAGGCUAUGAAGCUCUGCUGGAAUAUUGGGAGUUACAAGUCUCAGAUCGCAGUCGUGGUUGAACUCCUAAAGCUUCAGAAGGAUAACCAGAUCCCACCUGAAGUGACUGCUGACGAUAUGAUGAACUUGUUGCUGGAGGAGAGCGAAAAGGAAAUGAGAGCAUGCGUCUUCAAAUUUGGAGAGGACGGUUAUUUUGGGGAUGAUGCCAUACCUCUUUUCAUGCUGAUGUGGAACGUGAACACCGGGAAUAAAAUCAGGGACAUCGUGUUUGAAGCCCAGAUGCUGUUCAAGUCGCCGGGGACCUUACCUUCUUUUUUUCAGCUUCCUGAAGUUGUCAGGAUGGCACAAGACUAUGCCAAGAUCUUAAGAGAUAAGCCGCAGGAGGCGUCUAGCUCAAGACUGCUCAGCGUACAGCAAGUGGUGGAGGACGUAGUUCCAAGGGUCCUGCAGAUUUUCUGGGUUUUUCCUCUUCAGCCCAGCAUGAACAUGCGUUCCGAGAAGAUCAGCAAGAUUUCUGUUUGGCUUACGAUGACCACUUUCAGACGGGUAUCCAGAGCCCUAAGCGGCGGGGAACAAGUAACUUUCUCCCACUCAGUCAGGGAUGACAUUGUCCUGUCUAUCCUAAUAGAGAUCAGACAGAUGUACCCACUUGAAGUUCUGCUGAAAAAGAUCAAGGAAAUGUCGUUGCAGCUUCUGACUGAAGUUACCGAUGUUGCAGUGGGACAGAUUACUCAGAUGUUUCAGUCGCAGCGGGUGGCGGUCAGCCAGACACCCUCUGUUGAAUCACCUGCCACAUACGAGGGUCUCAUUGACCUUUUUGUAACAGAGGAGCAGCCAACGCCCAUGCCAGAGGGACAGUGUUUUGUAGCUGUGGUGCUGUCCUCUCCUUCUGAAUAUCUGCCCUUUCCUCCUCCUCCAUCCCCUUCUGACCCUACACCCUUUUCUCCACCGACAUCUCAUUCUGAACCCCCAUCCUCUUCUGAGAUUCAGACCGAGGCGGAGGUAGAUGAAGAAUCCGCCCAGGAGAACCCAAGCUCUCGCCAGUGCACAAGAAAGAGAAAGAGCUUCUUUCAGAAUCUGUGCUGUUGUUUUGCAGACAGUGACACAGACACUGAAUGAACAUUUUGGUGUACUGUAACAGAUUCAUAUUUUCAAAAUAAAAUAUGAAAUGUCA